GCACAAGACUCCCUAGGAGUGAAGGCUUUCUCCACCCUGCCUUGGAAGGUGGGUCAUUUCUUUGGCAGAAGGGGAGGGCAGUGGAAUUUCCUUUGAGACGGGCUGGGUAUGCAAAAUGCAAGGAGGAGGAGGAAGCGGAGGAGGACGCGGAGAAGAGAGUGAGUCAGAGGAGAAAAGCUGCCGGGCUUGGCUAGCAGCGAGCCUCUAAAGCAGUGGGAAGCUUAAGCCAGUAACAAGGGAGAGUGCCCAUGGGAAAAACAAACAAACAGAGAAAGAAGCAAAGGGUUUUCAUGGGAAUUCCUGAGAAGCAAGAACGACUAACUUCUGAGGUCAACUGGGGACAGAGUCAGAAGGCCCUGCUCAGGACACCGAGUUGGCUCAAAGCUGGGAUUAUGGGGAGGAAAGGGGUCUUCCACUUCAACACGAUGGUACUGCCCCCCAAAAUGAGGCCACUGCUGUUGUUCCUGGCUUCCCAGAUGGCCAUCUUCAUUCUAUACAUCCAUUUGUACAACCACAACUUCAACUCCCUGUCUACGAGGGAGGAGCCCAAGCCCGUGCAUGUACUGGUCCUGUCUUCCUGGCGCUCUGGCUCUUCUUUUGUGGGGCAGCUUUUUGGACAGCACCCGGAUGUCUUCUACCUGAUGGAGCCUGCCUGGCACGUCUGGAUGACCUUCACACAAAGCACCUCCAGGAACUUGCAUAUGGCGGUGCGGGAUCUGAUCCGGUCCAUCUUUCUGUGUGACAUGAGCGUCUUUGAUGCCUACAUGAAACCUGGUCCCCGAAUACAGUCCAGCCUGUUCCAGUGGGAAACCAGCCGGGCUCUGUGCUCCCCGCCUGCCUGCAACGCCUUCCCACGGGGUACCAUCAUACCGAGUGCUCACUGCAAGACCCUAUGCAGCAGACAGCCCUUUGAGAUGGUGGAGAAGGCCUGCCGCAACUACAGCCACGUGGUGCUCAAGGAGGUGCGCUUCUUCAACCUGCAGGUGCUCUACCCGCUGCUGAGGGACCCUUCCCUCAAUCUGCACAUCGUGCACCUGGUUCGGGACCCCCGGGCGGUGUUCCGUUCCAGAGAACACACCACAAGUGAACUCAUGAUUGACAGCCAAAUUGUGAUGGGACAGGAACAGCAGAAACUCAAGGAGGGCGACAAACCCUACUAUGUGAUGCAGGUUAUCUGUCAAAGCCAGCUGGAGAUCUAUAAGGCUGCUCAGACCUUGCCCAAAGCCCUCAAGCAGCGCUACCUGCUCAUGCGCUAUGAGGACAUGGUCCAGGACCCCCUGGCCCAGACUGCCCGAAUGUAUGAAUAUGCAGGGUUGAAAUUCUUGCCACACCUCCAGGCCUGGGUGCACAACAUCACUCGAGGCAAGGGCACGGGUAGCCACUCCUUCCAAACAGAUUCCAGGGAUGCCCUCAGAAUCUCCCAGGCCUGGCGCCAGUCCUUGCCUUAUGAAAAUGUUUCUCGACUUCAGAAAGUCUGUGGUGAUACCAUGAACUUGCUGGGCUACCGCCUUGUCAGAUCUGAGCAAGAGCAGAGAAACCUGUCGCUGGGUCUUCUGUCUACUUGGACCCCUUGAGGAGGCUCUGUCCCCAUUGGCACCAGCCUCAGCCAUGUUAACUGAAGACUGCUUAUGUCUGAACAUUGCUUAUUCUCUGCUGGCAUGUACAUGUGAGCACAAGCUGUGCCCAGACAUGCUCAAGCCAAGAAAGCUUUAUAGCUCUAUUCAGGUCUAGAAAAGAGACUCAGUAACUGUGUGUAUGUGUGUGUGGCACAUUCCACCACUGGAGAAGGAAUACUGCCAUCCCUCCUUAGCCUUCCUAUCUGUGUAUACCUCAGAGAUUUCGUGGCUGGGGUCCUAUUUGGUACCACACAGUAUCAGUGGAGUAAAUCCAUUAACUUCUCUGUCCAUAUCCUGCCCAAUGGGAAAGGGGAGAGACAGGAAAUGGGUCUUCCAGUAAAGAGCCCAUAAGUCCAUUCCACAGGGAUGUGAACUCUGAGCUCUCAGAGUUCCCAGUGGAUUCAAAGAGGGGGUGAGGAACAGGAUUGGACACUUACCCAUGAGGUUGGACAUCAGUUAUCCAUUAUUCGUUAUCACAAAUAUAAAACAAAAUCUCUGCACAACAGAGCAAGCUCUUAAGUUUAUGGGGUGGCUGGGCCUGGUUUCCACGUCAUUUCUCCUCAGUGUUUUCCUAAUACAUAGAAGAUUUUGACCUGGGAAGCUACCAUUUGUUAACAUUAAAAUUCCAAAAUAAGAUUCUGUUUGGAAUGUCCACUUUAUGUUUUCUAAUUUUCUUAAUAGUAAAUGCUCCUUAGAGGAUCCCAUUCUAAGAGCAUAAUCAUCUCCACAUAUAUUUUUCUCUUGUUAUUAUCUACUAGAGGCCGGGUGCACGACAUUCGUGCACUGUCGGGGGAGGGUGUCUCUCAGCCCGGCCUGUGCCCUCUCACAGUCGGGACCCCUCGGGGGAUGUCCGCCUUCCAGCUUAGCAGGAGCAGGCCUAAGCUGGCUGUUAGACAUCCCCCGAGGGGUCCUUAGCACUGCCACGGAGGCGGGAGAAGCUCUUGCCGCUGGGCUCGCCAGCUGUGAGCCCGGCUUCUGGCUGAGCACCACUCCCCCUGUGGGAGCGCACUGACCACCAGGGGGCAGCUCUGGCAUUCAGCGUCUUCCCCUUGGUGGUCAGGGUGCAUCAUAGCAACCUGUCAUUGUGCCAUUCAGUCAAUUUGCAUAUUAGCCUUUUAUUAUAUAGGAUCACCCACACAUAGAAAAGUUACCAAGAUGUCCAGUGUCAGACGAUAAAGUAAGUCUAAACUGAUCGAUACUAAUUGAAACAUUGCCCUCUUAAGAAUUUGUAGAAAGUAGACAACCAGCAACCAAGCCCUUUCUUUCUUGUGUGAGGCAUAAGUUGUAAUGAUACCUUAUGCAUCACUCUAGAGCAGUGGUUCUAGCCGCA